UCACGGCUCGCGCGUGCCUAAGAAUACGCAGCGCGUGGGGAGCGCACCCAGUUCGGCACCUGGAGCGCUGGAGUCCGGCGAGGUUCAGAUUUAAACACGAAACCGAAUCAAAGCAGCGUCUGCGAUGGAAGACGAGCACGGCAUGGACAGUCUGAUGAAGCAGGAGUUUGUCAGCGUCUUGGUUCGGGACCCGCAGGUACACAGGGAGGACUUCUGGCACACGUAUAUCAGCUAUGAGAUCUGUCUGCAUACGAACAGCAUGUGCUUCCGGAGGAAGACGUCGUGCGUGCGGAGACGCUACAGGGAGUUCGUGUGGCUCAGGCAGAGGCUCCAGUUCAACGCCGUGCUGCUGGAGCUCCCGAAACUGCCCCCCUGGAAUCCCUUCUUCAGCCUGAACAACCCCCUGCAGGUCAAACAGAGGAUGGAGGGUCUCCAGCAGUUCCUGGAAAUAGUGCUGCAGGACCCCCUGCUUCUGUCUGACAGCUGCCUGCACCUCUUCCUGCAGUCCCGGCUCAGCGUGUCCAAGAUGGAGGCGUGUGCGUCGGGCCGGACGCGCUACUCUGUGGCCCAGGCUAUCCAACGCUGUGUGUGCGAGAGCCGGCGCUUGCCCUCCGAGGACUCCGACAGCGAGAGCACAACAUCAUCAACCGGCCUGGGAUACAGUGGGGAAGAUGCCCCGCCCAGAAGCAGCAGCCCACUGUGUGUCAGAAAGCCUGACCCCUGACCCUUGACCUCUGACCUGCCCCAUCAGAGUAUGCCACACCCUUUACGCUGCUAACCCCUCCUCCCUCCCACCUGUGUGGAGCUCUCCUGGGGCCUGAAGCAAGUGACUGGUGACC